GGUACUUGCAUAGUGAAUAAGCGGCAUGUCCAUGCAUGAUGCAAAAUAUUCAAGUAAUCGUUUUUAUUGCAUUGGGACAUGCGAUCAACCGUGAUAAAUGGAACUCUAAACGCUUAACUGCACAGAACAACUAAUGGAAGUGAUGUGAUUACUCGUGCAAAUGUUACUUAUUUCUAACAAACGCAUUUUCACGAACUAUUUUCUAACUAUCUAGCAUUGGACAAUGGCUGGAUCUACUCUUCCAGAAAGGGUAGCUCAGAUAUAUUACACGUAUGGUUUAUUCUGCUCAUCAUACCCUUUUAUCGUAAUCGCAUUAGCUCUGUCAACCGUCUUGUUAUGUAGCUACCCAUUACUCAAUGUCCCGCUGCCAGGGAAUAUACCAACAAUAAUAAAUAUGCCAUUACACAUUGAUCAAACACAUGGCAUGCCACAUAGGGACUGGUCUUCAAAUAGUUGUUUACAAGAUGCUCCACUGCAUUUGGAUAUAUUAUUAAACGAAACACAGAGACUACCAUAUAUUUGGGCAAAAGAUAAACCGCUGCUUUAUGUGCAACAGAUUAUCAUGAAAAUAGGUGUGUCACCAUGGAACAACAAUUUAAAAUUAUGGGAUGCAUUUAGAGCUCCAUUACAAGAAGUAUUUCGGUUACUUGAAACAAUAAGAAACCAUGAAGACGUCGAAACCAAGACUACAUUAUUACAACACUGCUAUCAAAUAGAAGAUAUCAAGAGACAAGACAGUAAAGCCAGUGUGGAACGCGUGUUGCCAGAAUAUAGUUGCUUACUCCUCUCACCAGCUAACCUAUGGCAACAAAACCUUCAGGCAUUCUCGCUGGAUGCAAAUAUUAUUAACACCAUUUAUAAUUACCAGAACCUGCAAAAAGGCAAGGCUUCAAUCGCGGAGAUGGCAUUUGGCAUGCAGAUGCGUGAUACCGGCAUAAAGCGAUACCCGCUACGAGCACGCCCGCGCGUUCUACAAUACGCAGUCACUAUCUUUUACCAAAAUCCUGAUCAGAAAUUUAUACAAUCUCUAACGAAAAAACUGAAAGAAAUGUAUCCACUAUAUCAAGACGUGUACAAGCGUAUUGACGAAGUCACUCUGAUAUACUACCCUGGACAGUUCAACUAUCACGAACUGGUGCCUCUCAUGAUUACCUUUAUUGGAUUAUUCCUAUACGUAUAUUUUUCUGUUAGGAAAAUCGAAUACAUAAAAUCUAAGCUAGGCUUGGCCGCAUCCGCUGUAGCCACUAUAAUCGCCAGUCUAUUAAUGUCUAUGGGAAUUUGCUUCUACUUUGGCUUCUCAUUGAGUCUACAAGGCAAAGAAAUUUUCCCCUAUCUCGUUAUUAUCGUCGGCCUUGAAAACGCACUAGUAGUCACAAAGAGUGUUACGUCCACCGACUCGCGGCUUGACGUCAAAAUUCGUCUUGCGCAGGGUCUGAGCAAGGAAGGGUGGUCCAUAACAAAGAAUCUUCUCAUCGAAAUAACAAUAUUGACUGUCAGUUUUUUCACAUUCGUCCCCUUCAUACAAGAGUUCUCCAUAUUUAUGAUCGUGAGCCUUAUCGCUGAUUACCUCAUACAAAUGGUAUUUUUCGCUACCAUUCUCGGCAUUGACGUUCAACGUAUGGAGUAUUUUCAAGAUCAGAAAAAUAGACUACAGUUUAAGGAGUACUUUAUUGAUAAUAGUGCUUUGAAUUGGCGUCUUACUAAAAGACGUACGAAUGUAGAAGAAAAAUGUUAUUCGCCACAACGGAUGACGAAGUCAAAGUCACACCCGAGGUUAAAUGGCUUAGCGCAUGGUAGCCCCACAGAUGUGGUGGCCCAGAGGAAUAUGAGCAGCGGCAGUCAAGACAAUAGAGUGCCCAAACGCAUCCGUCUUGUCAAUAUGUGGGCACGAACGAGAUUCUUUCAACGCGCUUUUAUGCUAUGGAUGCUGGUAUGGAUAUCUAUGAUCGUGUACAAUUCAGGCGUAGUUGAUUACUUUAUCAUGAGCACUGAGAAAACUGAGGGGAGCAGAGAUCUAAACAAGAAAAAUUAUCAGAAGAAAGAGUCCAAACAGUCUGUGUACAUGUUUUUCAAUAAUACCGAUAAAAGCACAUUGGUGUUUUCACCCUUGCUGGAUUUCGCAGACUCGGAGAAGGCAGCUGUAGAUGCAAAUGACACUGUCAUGUUAAAGCACUCUCCACAUUCACGGCCAUGGUCCAGGUUAUCUCCGUACCACUGGUCGACAAUACUGUCGCAGUACAACGAGUCAGUGGCGGGACGGUAUGCGGUGGUGCUACCGCCGAUGUUUAUAAGCCACCGUGUGGGCCCCGAGCUGGCGGCCACGCUUCGCAACCCCGAUGAGAAGGACCCACCGCCGCUAAGGUGGCAAGCACUCGCCGCAGCGCUCGACCCCAUUGAUAUAUUACCUGAUUUCGAGCUGAUCGAAAGCAAGAGUCAGCAACACCAAUGGGGGAAGGGCACCGAGCUUCCUAUUUACCCGACGACGCCUAUGGAAAUAUUGCUACUGGCCAUUCUGUGUGCCAUAAGCGUAGCAGUCAUAGCUUACAUGAUGAUGGUACUUUACAGGUGUAUUUGUUCACGACAUUAUGCGGAAUGGCGUGCAUCGUGGAAUGAAGACGCCAUGUACAAGAAAAUAAUUGAAAAACAGCCUGCCGUACAGCUGGUGAUGGAUGCUGUACCAAUUGUGGUGACAGGCCAUAAUCAAGAGGUAGAAUGCCUAGUGACUGACGGAGAGAAAAUAGUUAGCUCCUGUCUACAAGGAACCAUUAAGGUGUGGGACUCCCAGAAUGGCGAACUACUCACGAACAUCGACAGGAACGCAUAUUUCAGAGUACAAAACGAUCUUUUAAAUCAUGCCAGUGCAAAGAAACGCAAGUAUACACAUAAAUCACUGGAAGGAUAUCCUACUAGCUCUGAUGUUUCACUGAAAAUCAAUCAGUAUCAACCGGUGCAUAAAAUACAGAAGAGACUAAGCAACCACCUCAGUGGACUGCGGUUCCGUACGACAAUGCGAGAUCCUACUGCCAACCUCCAUCCCGCGGAAACAACUAAAUAUGAGUUCGCUAAAGUUUACAGAGAACUGUACUGCAGUGAACAAACUGAUGAUCUCUAUAGCUGUUAUGAGACUAAAGAAAAUGUGGAUACAACAAAUUUAAAUAUAAGUAGAAAAAUCAGUGCACAUAGUGAUAGAAACACUAAUGAGAACAUUUUUGCUUAUAGUCCAAAAGACUCGUCUUUGAGUAGUUUUAAUAAUAAAAGUAAGUUAAAUUAUAAUAGUGCUAAAGUGAGAACAGAAGUGAGUGAAACAAACAAAGUGACGAACUUCAACUGGAGAGAUAAACUGCUAGAAGAAUCUCCGAUAUGGUGCAUGGACUUUUGCAAUGAUCUUAUCAUAUUGGGGUGUGCUGAUGGUCGCAUUGAGUUUUGGGAAGUCACCUCUAGAAGAAUCAUGUGUGUUUGGUGGACCCCCGAAUGUCGUUGGGGUGAACGUGACGCGGCUGGUGUGACGCAUAUACGUGCCCUGUCGGGCGCACGACGGGUGUGCGUGGCCACACUUGCCGGCUACAUCACCUUGCUGCAAAUGAGCGCUUACAACGCAGCCUCGGGCUCACAGGUCGACUGGCAGUUUAGCACGGCGCACAGAAGAACACACAAACGCACCGGCUCUGCGGGCUCGCUUCAUUCAUACAUGCAGGGCGUCGAAGAGCCGUUACGGGCACGUAUGAGUUUCUCCUACGAGGCGGAACUUGGAGAAGACGAAGAAAUAAUAUGCACGCGCAUCGCUCAAUGCAGACCUCACCAACAACCUAUCACAGAAAUGCAUUCAGAGGGAGCGCGCAUCGUCACCGGAGGACAAGAUCAUAUUUUAAAGGUAUUUUUGAGCGCGGACCUGACCCAAUUAUUCACACUGCACGGCCAUUGCGGGCCCAUCACCAGCUGCUUUAUUGACCACGCUACACCCACCAUCUCGGGCAGCGGCUCACAAGACGGUCUCCUUUGUGUUUGGGACCUGCAUACUGGCGCGUGUUUGUACAGCAUGCAGGCUCAUGAUGGCGCGGUAACUUCGUUAACGUACACCGCUUCGUACGUAGUGUCCGCAGGCUCCGACGAACGUCUCUGUAUCUGGGAUCGUUUCCAAGGGCACAUGCUCAAUUCCAUAUACAUUGGUCUGAAUUAUAUGAGUCGUAUGCUACCGCUUACUCAUACUUUACUAGUGAUGGGUGACCGCAAUGGCCUUAUCGCAUAUGACCUAAGCAGUGGUGACGUUAUACGACGUGUACUAUUGGGCGAAGGUGACGGCUGCAUAUUUGUACGACAAAUACUGCCCCUCAAGGACGCGAUUGUUUGCGACUACGCCAACCAGCUGCGGAUAGUUCGCUUCCCGCUCGUGUCCAGGUUCUCUAAUAUGAAAAAUGAAUAAAUAAUAACAAUUUCUUGUGCAAUUAGAUUAUAUUUUUUUAAUCAACCAAACGAUAGACUUCCAUAGUGUCUUAACAAACAUAAUAAAUUUAUAUACUAUAUUUACACGGUUAUCAUACCAAUAUUGACUUUAGUUUACUUUACAGAGAAAUUAUAAUAGUCGUCGAUAUGUAGAUUACCAAUUUAUAAGACUCUCCAACUUGCAUGCUUGGCGUCUUAUGUCCGGGACCAGUUGUGUAGAAGUACAAAAUUGAACACAAUAGGUUUAUAUAAUUUGACAUAUUUGACAACGAAAUUAUUUAGGAUUCUUUAUUAAAAAAUAUUAUAUAACACAAUUGAUAUAAAAAUACAUUUGUGCCUUUCUUUCUAUAAUCAUAAUUAGUGAACAAAGAGUAACGUAAUAAUUAAAACUCAAACCAGCGUGACACAUCUUGACUGCACAUUCAACGAAAUAUGUUUCAUCACUAAAUAAUAGGACAGUCAAGCGAUAGUAAUGUAACAAGUGACUAAGUUUGCAUUGCAAAAUAAUUUUCUGAACAAUAAACAUGUACUUCCAAUUCUAGUCUGCAUAAUAUUAAAAAUGCCAUGGCUCUCUUACAGUCAUUUAGAUUUCUACCAAUACGUCUCUAUUUAAAGAAUAAAUUGUAAAGAGGGUUAAGAUCUUAAAUACACUCGGUUUUUUAUUUAUUAUGUGCACUAUUUAUUUAAUAUGUGUAGUACUAUACUAACACGUGGCUGUGGAUUAUUUAUGUGGAUCUGUUCUGUUUUAAUAAACGACGGGCAGGCACAGUUGAGUUACCUACCUAUUAAGUCAUAUUUAUUUUUUCCCGUAGAUAAUUAUUUACUUAGUAAUUGUCAGUAGCAGGAUUUAGGUGUAUUUUAUUUAUUUCUUUGUCGUGCCUAUCGCGUCCGCUCAUUUAUUGUGAACGGAGCCUUAGAAUUAGUCAGGAUUGUUUCGUUGAACGUCAGAGUCAUGCACAGAGAUGUUAGUUUAACGAUGUAAAUACGACACGAGUACUAUAUGUAUAUUUUCGAUGCUUUUGCUACUAAUGAACAUGUCUAUCUGUAUAUAUGUAGUAAUUAAGAAUUCAUCGAGAAGAUGUUUUAUUUAAAUUAAAUUAUUAAAUAAAAAUAAUAGAAUAACAAAAUAUUUUUGCACGUGAAAAUUAUCAACUUUUAACUGAACCUUGAACACACAUCUUCGGCAGAGAAUAUAUCAUGCCGAUUAUUUUUACCAAAUUACAUAUCUUUUAAGGACUUUGGAAAUAUUCUGGCGUGAACUGAAAAUGACAAAAUAACGCAAUGCAAAUGCGUAUAAAUAAUGUACUUAUACAUUAUUGCGUAUGUAUAUUUUUUAUUCAUUUAAUAUCGUGUCACAAAGGUUAAUACAAUAUUAUUCUGUACUUUACUCGUUAAUUUAGUUUAAGUGUGUCAGUAUGAAAAAUUGUCAAACGUACCAGUCACACGUAAAAAUAUAUAUUUUUUUUUUUUAUUUUGUCCGAAUCAUUUAUGUUUCAAUUUAUCAUAACAAGAAAAAUAUAAUAUAAAACACUAUUUUAGAAACAAUUGUCAACUGCCAACACAGUUCAGGGAAUUUUAUUACCAUGUGACUGGCACAGUACUUUUUAUAAAUGUGUAAUCAAAAUGAAAUUAAAAAAAAAACUAUUUGAAAAUGUAGCAAUGUUAAUGUGAAUAUUAUAAAAUAUUAAAAAACUUAUCAAUUAUCAAUAUAUAAAGAAAUCCCAUGUGAAUUUGUGGCAAUGACAAAAAUAUUGUAAUUUUCAUAUUGUUACCCACACAGUGAACUAUAAACACCUAAUUUGUUGAUAAUAUAAGUAUUUUCUUUUUUGUGAUCAUUGACAGAUUCAUAAAUGCAGUUGAUUCAAUAUUAUCACAAAAGGCUGAAUUUGUUGUCAUUUUUAAUUCAAUUCUAUAUUGUGUUAGGAAACCAAAGCAUAAUUACUACGGCUAAUAUUUAUGUAAUUUAAAAAACGUGUUAUGUAAAUAUUGAAAAAAAAAAACAUCAUAUGGUGAGAGUUUGAAUAAAAUAAUACAAUACAUU